GCAAAAUGGACAAAGGUUUGACCAUUAAAUAAAUAAAUAAAUAACAAAACUUAAUGAAAACACAAACACACAUACUCUUUGUAUUUGCAAGAUAAAGGAUGGGGAGAUAUUAUUAUUCUCUCUCAGUCUCACUCCCAAUUAUGAACCAAUAAACAAGCAGUCCCCAAAUUUAAAAAUUGGGUCUUUCUCAUCUCCAUCUUCUUGAUGUUGAUGUCUUUUACAGAUUGAAUUUCAAUCAAGAAACAAAGGAAGAAAGAAGAAGAAGAAUCUAAGAAACAGUUAGUUGGGUUUUUUUUUUUUUUUCUUUAGCGUUUUGGAUUAGCUCUCCACGUUGCCAUUUCAAAUUGGGCGGGCCACUCUGAGCUUCUCCUCUCUUCAACAAUGGUGUGUGGCCAACCGCCAUUCCCUCUCUUUGCUUUAAAUAUCUGUCUUUGAGGGCCACUCCCCCCGACACCUCCUUCAAUCUUGCUAGUUGGAUUUGGUGGCCAACCAUUUACCUUCUUCAGAAAAACUACUUUCUUUUGUUUCUUUCUCUUAUCCAUUUUGAAAACCCCUUGUGGGGUUUUGUUUAUAUCUCUCUAUUUUGAAUCUUGCAGGAGUAUCUGGGUAUGGGGGUUUGGAAUUACUGAUUAUGACAGAAGAAGAUUUGCGGUUCAUUCAACUGUUGUAAGGAAAAAAUAAAAAAAAGAGAACGAUACGGUUGAUUAUUGAUUAUUUCUUCUUCUCUAUUUGGUCUUUUUUGUUUUAUUUUUUAUUUUUUUGAAGUUUGGCCAACGCCUUUAGCGCAUUUCUAAACCGUUCGAUUGUUGAUUUCAUCUGAGUUUCUCUGUUUUAUUUUUUUAUUUUUUCAUUUUUCUUGAGUUUCUGGCCACCCUCUGCGACCCAACAUCAACUUCCUGUCUUCUUUUUUUCAACCGUUUUUUGUUGCCUUCUUCUUGCUCUUUAUGCCUUUAUAUACGCCCUGAUUCCAAUUUUUUGUUUGUUAUGAGAUACCCUUUUAAAGCUUCUCUCUGAAUUGGCAGUUUUGGGCCUGCACGAUAGGUGUUUGAUGUUUUGCUUCACUGAAUACCUUAUAGUUUGGGACAUGAGACUUUCAUGAAUUUGGAUCGUUUGCUUUUGUCCCAAAACGGGUUCCGUUUCUCUUUUAAUCAUUACGGGCAAAACUUAUGUGAUUUUUGUUGUCUUCGUGCUUGGACUUGCCCUUUCGUUUUAGUUAUCCUUCCAUGAGAACCAUCCCCUUUUCUUUCUUCAUAUUUCCAACUUUCUCCAUGUCCGUGUAGUUUGUUGUCUUGUUCUUGAUAAGGAACCUGGUUGGUUUUAGUUGGAAAAGGUCAUUUUGCAAUGAUUCAUUCUGGUUUCUUCCUUUCGGGACCAUCAUUUAAUUCUGAUGCUACUACGUCUUUCAUAUCAAUUUCGGUGUCUGGAGAAGAUGGCGCUAUGGCUGAUGAUAUCAGAAACGAAGCAUCUGAUUCUGUCCCUCCUUCCUUUUGGGUUAAAAUGGCGAUGAAAAUAUCUAGAGCUAGAUGGUUUAUAUUUUUGAGAAGAGUUUUCCACUACCAAAACGGAUCGAGAUCUGAUCUUGGGCCUAAUCCUUUCAAUUCGGGUUUGUGGAUGGCGAUGGAACUUGUAGCUCUGUUGUUUCAGCUAAUUAUCUCAGUGUUUACUCUUGCCAUUUCACAGGCUGAAAAGCCAGUUUGGCCUAUGAGGUUGUGGAUAGGUGGUUAUGAUCUUGGCUGUGUUCUUAGCUUAUUGCUUCUCUAUGGCCGCCAUCGGUAUCAUUAUCUAAUGCAGGGAAAUGAUAACCGUCUUUCAGAUAUUGAACAUGAACAGCAGAGGAGCAAUGAAUCAUCAAGGUAUUCACAUUUGAUGAACAGAUGCCGCACGUCUCUCGAUCUUUUCUUUGCAAUAUGGUUUGUAAUGGGAAAUCUUUGGGUCUUCGAUUCUCGCUUAGCCUCAUUCCAGAGAGCUCCCAAGCUACAUCUACUAUGCAGCUUCCUGCUAGUUUGGAAUGCCAUCUGCUACUCUUUCCCAUUUAUUCUGUUUCUGCUGCUAUGUUGCUGUGUGCCAUUGAUUAGUAGCCUUACAGGGUAUAACAUUAACAUGGGAUCAUCCGAAAAAGGGGCAUCAGAUGAUCAAAUUUCCCAGCUACCUUGCUGGAGAUACAAAGCGGUCGAAGCCAACAUCAACCCCAGAAGUCAACCUGACAAUAGCAAUACAGGACUUCUAAAAGAGGAUCCAGAAUGUUGCAUUUGCCUUGCCAAGUAUAUAGACAAGGAAGAAGUGAGACAAUUGCCUUGUUCCCAUGUGUUUCAUCUCAAGUGUGUAGAUAAGUGGCUUGCUAUUACAUCUUCAUGCCCUCUCUGUAAGCAACAACUUCAAAGAUAGAGAGCCAAGAAAUUAGUAGAAGCAGUUCAAGUGCUUCAUUGGGUUUUUUUUCUCUUCUUUUUCCCUUCCAAAUGGAAAUUUUCUCAUUUUCACUGUUUUUAUGGUUUAGUCCGUAGAUUAGAGUCUCACAUGGUUACUUGAGUGAGUUCUAGAGCUCACCAGUUACCUAAUUAUACUCAAAUACUUAAGGUUACAUGUAGCAGGAAAAUGAUGCCUUAUUUGUAGAUAUUGUGAGAACUAUUGUAUUUGCCUAAAGAAUACAAACCAAGUGUGCUUUUUUCAUCUUUAA